AUGGACGGCGUGUCGUACGAGGCGUACGUGGAGGGGAAGGAGGAGGCGCGCGAGGACGCACGCGACUCCAACGUGGUACACGUGUCGGUCAAUGUUGAGGCGCAGAAAAAAGUAACUUUCAACAUGACGUACGAGGAGCUGUUUCAGAGAGAAGUAGGCGCCUACAACCUCCGCAUAAAUAUCGACCCCCGACAGCCUGUAGACGACCUGGUGGUGGUGGUGCGCAUAGAGGAGAAGGCGCCACUGCGGCUGGUGAAGGUGCCCAAGCUGCAGGAGAGCAACGAGGCGCUGGACUGGCCGGGCAAUGCCACGGACCCCCUGGCGCGCAUCGAACGUCCGACGUCGUCGUCCGCCAUCGUUCGCUGGGCGCCCAACAGGGAGGAGCAGCAGAAGCGGGACAAGAGAGGCGUCUCCGGUCAGCUGGUGGUGCGCUGCGACGUGGACCGCGACGCCAGCCCCAGCCAGAUAUUCGUGAGUGACCUUGCUGCCCUCUGUCUGCGAUAG